AUGUGGGUGUUGCAGGUCGUGGCUUCUUGCUUCUAAUUAAAUAUUGCUCCAGCUUGAUUUGCUUAGUUGUCUCUCUAUUAAAUAAAAGGUUGUGAGACCCUUUGCCUCCAUAACUUUUCUCCCUCUAAGUCUAUUCCCAAUUAGCUUUGUCUCCUUCAUAAAUCAUAACCCUUCUCCCAUUUAGUCUAGUCCCAAAUAGCUAGCCUCCUUCAUUACCCUUCUCCCUUUAAGUCUAGUCCCAAUAAGCUUGCUUCCUUCAUAACCCUUCUUCCAUCUAAGUUUUGCUCCGGAAAGGCAUGGAUGUGGCAAAUGGUCUCUUAAUUCUGCUAUUGAUUGCUCCGGCUGUUUACGCCACGGAGUUUACAGUUGGUGACACUGAUGGAUGGAACCAAGAUGUGGACUACACCUCAUGGGUUUCUGGAAAGAAUUUCAGUGUUGGUGAUACACUAUUGUUUCAGUAUGGGCCAACUCAUUCUGUGGACAUAGUGAGCAGCAGUGACUACCAAAAUUGUGCAUCAACUACUCCUCUUCUAUCAUACAGCAGUGGAAACGACAGAGUCACCAUUAACUCAACAGGCACAAUGUACUUCAUAUGCCCAACUACAUAUCACUGCUUCCAAGGGAUGAGACUAGAGGUCAACGUCGGCGGCAGCUCCUCGGCAACUCCCAUCACUCCAUCCUCCUCCCCCACCACCUCCAAUUCGCCGUCGUCGGCGAUUAGAGUGGCCGGGAAUUUGUGUAACAAUGUCAAUGCUCUGGUUCUUGGGCUUGGGCUUGGGAUUUCCCUUGUCUAUUAUGCAAUUAUGGGCUAGGCAAGAGGCAGUGCAGCUCCUUAUCCCUCUGUUUUUCCUUCUCGUCAUGACUCAUGAAUAGAUGAGAUGAGUUAUUGAGCAUAUAUUUAUUUAUUUUGUGUUGAUACUUGAUAGUUGAAAUACUUGUAGUGCUACUUUCUA